UCAAUUAAAGAACCGAUCGCUCGUUAUUUGAUUAGUUUUUAUGAAUAUAUGCAUAAACGCCACUCGUGUGGUCAACUUUGCGACUUUUAUCUUUCAUUGACACCUUGCACUUAACCUAGGCCCUGCUUAUCGUCUGCAGAUAAGCCAUUUGUGGAUCCCUGUCUUUAUAAGAGGCCCACCGGGCGUUUAGUUCCACAGAUAGUGGUCGAUCUUUCGGGUGUGCAUUUCAGUCAUAUUGCAGCAAAAAUGUCCAAGUUGCCUUGCAGCUACGAUGCGGAGAAGAAGAUUUGGAAGGGUAUUCCGCAGAGCAGUCCCUUCAAGCCGGAAACUUCCCUGGGACGUAUUAUCUUCAGGAACAUGAGGAACUGGCCCAAGAAUGUGUGCCAGAUUUCGGAUUCCGAGGGCGUUGAGGUCACCUACCAGCAGGCUCUCACUUGGGCUAUUCGCAUUGCCCAGCAUUUGAAGAGCCGCGGGCUUGAUCACAAGGAUAUCAUUGGGAUCUCCGCCAAGAACACUACCUACAUAAUGCCCAUCGCCGUUGCUUGUUUCUUCCACGGAACACCUUUCCAGUCUGCCAACCCGAUCCUCGAAGAAUCUACCCUGAAGCACUUGUACACUAUCUCCAAGCCAAAGAUCAUCUUUACCGAUGCUGACCAUUACGACAAAUUAUACUCGGCUACCAAGGAGUUCAAGCCAGAGAUUAUUCUAACCACUGGAACUAAGGAAGGUAUCCUCAGCAUUCAGGAUCUGCUUCAUCCUACAAAGACCGAGUUCUUUUACCAGCCAACUCCGCUGAAGGAGGGACCCGGGCAGACAGUGGCUAUCCUCACCUCAUCCGGAACCACUGGAAUGCCAAAGGCUGUGUGCAUCUCUAACGAUAUUCUGAGCCAGGAGACAAUCUUCAUGAAUGGCUACGACACGAUCUACAUUUCAGCUAGUUUGGACUGGAUCACCGGGCUGUGGGCCACAAUCUUCAGUACUGUGAAUGGUUGCACUCGUAUCAUCAGCAGCAAACCUUUUGCUGCCGAGUACUUUGUGCACUUGGUGAGCAAGUACAAAAUCACCUAUGCCCUCAUUCCGCCGGAGCACUGCUGCUCCCUUCUGGACUGUCCCACUGCAACUCCAGAGAAGAUGGCAAGUCUGACGAAGCUGAACUUCGGAGGCGGACGAAUGACACAGAACACGGUGGAGCGGAUAAAGAAACUGGCCCCCAAUGGCGUACUCAACUCCUCGUACGGAAUGACCGAGGUUGGCUUCAUCGUGUUCAACCACGGACAUCUGAAGCUCACAGCUGCAGGUAAUCCGCUGCCCGGAAUUCAGAUUAAGAUCCUUGACGACGAUGGUAACCAGUUGGGAGUCAACCAGACUGGAGAGAUCGUUGUGCACAACGGCUUCAACUGGAACGGAUACUUCGCCGAUCCCGAGGCCACCAAGAAGAUGCGGGACGAGGAGGGCUGGUUCCACACCGGAGACAUGGGCUACUUCGACGAGGACGACUACCUCUACAUGACGGACCGCAAGAAGGAGGUGCUCAAGUGGAAGGGUCUGCAGAUGUGGCCCGCCGAAGUGGAGGCGGUCAUCGACGAGAUGCCGGAGGUCAAGAGGGUGUGCGUGAUCGGAGUGUACGAUGAGACCCAGGGAGAUGUUCCCGGAGCUCUGGUUGUGAAGGAGGACAAUGCCACUCUGACUGCCCAGCAGGUGAUCGACUACGUGGCAAAGCGACUGCCCGACAUCCAGAAACAGUUGCGCGCUGGAGUUCAGUUCGCGGACGAGAUUCCCCAGAACCACAACGGAAAGGCUGUCCGCCGAUACGCCCGCGAUCUCUUCGUCGCCCUGUCCAAGAAAAACUGACAACCGCCCGCGCUCUUGUUUGGAAUAAUCUAGCCUUGUCUUAGUUUUUAAGCUGGGGAGACUUUCUGAGUUUUUGUUGAUAUUUGCACGUCAAAGUGCCACUUGAAAGUCUCCCAAAACCCUUGCUACUCAGAAUAAUAUUGAUCUAUUCUUAUCAAAUAUAGAAAAUGCAAAUGUAUAAAAUCGUGGAAUAACUUUCCGAUGCAAGGGUAUAAAAUGUGCAAAAAGCAUAAAGUAUUUGGGCGUCUCACUGUUAACAACUGAUGUCAAACCAAAGCUUUGAAUGUUUAUUUGUGUUAUUCGAAUUAGCCAAAAAUAUUUAAUAUAAAAAAAAUGUUUGUUAGGUUGAAUUGUA